AAGGGGUUGACCAAAAAAGCAUGUUCCUGGCUUUAUCGUUGAAGGAUUUUCUCUCCUCUUUCCACGCAUUUCGAAAUUUCUGCUUUAUUUUUUGCCUCCACAGCUCUGUCUCUCUGUCUUUCUCGUGUUCAGAUCGAAGAAGAGAAACCAAGUGAAAAUAUGAACUGGAUCAGUCGCAAGAUCCAUCUCUACAACGUCACCAUGGGUCUGUACAUGCUUGAUUGGUGGGAACGCUACCUCUUUAAUAUUCUGAUUCUCGUUUUACUCUGGUUCAUAUUUUACAACGGAUCCCGAUCCGCGACGGAGUUCUAUAACCGCCAUAUUAUUCCAAAGCUCCUGGACAAUGGAAGCUCUACAUAUGGAGGAAAUAUAGCUUCAUAAAUGUCAAGAAGAUUGCAAAGAAGUGACACAUGAACUCCAUCCAUAAAGCUGGGGAUUGUAGCUGUACUGCCAUUGAUCUUGAUAAUACUUACUUGAAUAGCAUGAUUUUAUUUUUCUAAUUUUCCUAGUUAGAAUUUCGUUGCUGCUGUCUAUAAAUUUGAUAUUUUGGUGGUUUUGACAUUUUAGCCUUUUGUAGCUUCAGAUGUUUUGAAUUGAUUGCUGGAAUAAAGGACACACCUUCAUCCUUGAA